AUGGACAAAACUUCUCCCUCAUAUGAUGAUGUUCCUCAGACUCCCUCGGCCAAGUUGAUGCCUGGAGGGUCUUAUGAAUCACAUCAGCACUUGUUACCGCCGUCGGCCUCACCUAAUCUUAUACCUUCGAAAGCUGACAAUACGAGUUUUGAUGACUUUCGCCGAAUAUCUUCAAGUCCAUCUCCUUGUCCAUCACCUAUCCCUCUGAGGCAACUCUCCCAUAAUGCAGCCGAUUUCUCAACCGAGGCUCCACCGUCCAAAUGGAAGCAGUUCUGGAUCAAGAACAAGCCUGCUGCUUAUGUCGCCCUGUCCCAGUUCUUCGCAGCCUUGAUGAACCUCAGCGCUCGCCUAGUGGAGCUCGAAGGUGAUGGCAUGCAUCCCGUCCAGGCUCUGCUCAUGAGACACUCGAUAACUGCGCUGUGCUGCUCAACUUAUAUGUGGUGGAACAAGACCCCAGACUUUCCCUUUGGCAAGAAGGAGAUCCGAUGGCUGCUGUGGCUGCGCGGAGCGAGUGGCUUCUGGGGUAUCUAUGGUGUUUGGUACUCGAUGAUGUAUAUUCCUCUCGCUGAUGCCACUGUUAUUACAUUCCUUGCGCCAGGUGUCGCUGGUAUAAUCUGCUGGUUUGCCCUCCGUGAACCCUUCACCCGAACUGAACAGCUUGCGACGUUUGUUGCUCUUCUCGGUGUUGUACUGAUCGCUCGACCCACUACAUUGUUCUCUAACUCUGAUAACGAUGAUUCCUCAACAACUGAACCACCCGAGUCAGGAGGUAUACCCGGUGCGGAUCACGAAGCCACACCCGAAGAACGUUUGAUAGCCGUUGCUGUGGCUUUGCUGGGUGUGCUCGGAGCAGCUGGCGCUUAUACAACUCUCCGAACCAUUGGAAAACGAGCCCAUCCUCUCAUCUCAGUCAACUACUUUGGUGUCAUUUCCACUUUUAUUGCAUUGGCAAUGCUUAUUUUCGGCCCCAUUCUCGACAUCCAGCAACCAGGUCUCCGAUGGGUUACUCCAACGACAGUCAAGCAGUGGGCGCUCCUCCUUCCACUCGGUGUCCUGGGAUUCAUCAUGCAAUACCUGCUCACAUCAGGUCUCGGAGCUGACAAGUCAAACCGUGCUAACUCCAUGGUUUACACGCACAUGCUCUUCGCGGCGAGCUUCGACCGUUGGGUUUUUGGGCAUCGAAUGGGGCUCAUGAGUGGCGCUGGAUGCACUUUGAUUCUUGGAAGUGCGAUUGGCGUGGUUAUGCUUAAAAAGCAGCCACCACCAAAAGUGCCUUCUGACGACGUUGAGAGGCAUGGCAAUGUGGAGGGUGAGUUGGAGGGGUCUCCCAUGCUUGUGGCAGAUACGGGGGCGUCAGAAGAGUUUAGGCUUUCGAGGUAG